AUGCAAAAGAGAAACAAAAGUCAAGCAUGGAGAACACCAAUAGAGAAAGCAAUAGUAGAAGUGGUAGCUUUAGGUUGGGGUUGGGAAUGAAUGAAGCAAAAGUUCAUACUGUUGUUGAGCUUGGUGGGUUUGAUACAAAGACUCUUCUUUUUGAUAACAUUGAAGAGAGUGACCAAAAAUUGUUACCACCUCUUAGAAAUUCUCUUUCUCCUACACAAAUGAAAUCACUAGUUGCUCUUUGUGAUACUAUGUUACCUUCCAUCAAAGACAACAAUGUUGCUGCUUCCUCUGAUGAAUUUCUCAACAAUUUCUACCGUACUUCAGCUUCCAUGGCUGGCACCCCUGAACUUGUUGCAAAUUUGGUGAGUGAGAAACUGAAACAUCCAAGUACAUGGUUAUUGAAGUUGACAUUAUGGCUACUAUCUACAUGGUUUGGCACAUUGAUUUUGUGUGGUAUUGCAAGUAUCUCAACAAAAUUCCCAUUUUUCCAUAGCUACCCUAAGUUGUCUCCAGAGAAACGCCAAAAAGUGAUGCUGUCUUGGUCUGUAAGUUACCUUCGUCCUCUUAGAAUGUUGUUCAGAACCAUAAAGCUUCUUACCCUCCUAGUCUUCUUUACUCAGGUAGAUGAAGAAAAAAACAACCCUUCAUGGAAGGCAAUUGGAUAUAGUGGACCUGAUCAAGAGUUCAAAGCGCAGCGAAAGAACAAAAUUUUACAUAAAACAUCCAAAGAAGGACGACAAGAAAAAGAAGAUUGUGAUCAUGAUGAUGAAGAAGUUAUAGGACCUCUUUACGAAGGCCUUGUCAAUCUGAACUACCCGCGUGAUAUCAUUUCAGAUUCUCUAAGACGAUUUGGAUUCCCUGUCUCGGUCACUCCUCCAACGAAUAAAGCUUCUACCAUCUCAUCUCCUUCUCUAGUUAUCCAAUGUGAUGCAGUGGUUGUUGGUUCUGGCUCAGGAGGUGGCGUGGUAGCGGGAGUUCUAGCAAAAAGUGGUUAUAAAGUGUUGGUAUUGGAGAAAGGAAGCUAUUUUGCUCGGAACAAUCUUUCCCUUCUUGAAGGACCAACCCUCGAUCAAAUGUACCUCGCUAAUGGUUUGAUUGCAACAGAUGAUAUGUCUGUACUAGUACUAGCAGGUUCCACAGUUGGUGGAGGGUCUGCAAUUAACUGGUCAGCCAGCAUCAAAACCCCUAGCCAUGUAUGCAAGGAGUGGUGCGAUCGGCAUGAGCUAGAACUUUUUGAAAGUGAACUAUACAAAGAAGCAAUGGAUGCUGUGUGUGAGAAAAUGGGAGUCCAAUCUGAGUUUGAAGAGGAAGGGUUUAAUAAUGCAAUACUAAGAAAAGGGUGUCAAGAAAUGGGGUAUCCUGUUAGUAACAUUCCUAGGAAUGCUCCACCAGAUCAUUACUGUGGUUGGUGUUGCUUGGGAUGCAAGGAUGGAAAGAAGAAAGGUACAUCAGAAACAUGGCUUGUGGACUUGGUGAAAUCGGGUAACGGUGCAAUUCUUCCUAAUUGUGAGGCUAUACAAGUCUUGUAUAGAGAAAAGAAAGGAACAGAUAGAAAGAUAGCAAAAGGAGUGGCCUUUGAAAUUGACUACAACGGUAAAAAAGACAUUUGCGUGGUCGAGUCUAAGGUCACAAUUGUAGCCUGUGGAGCGCUAUGUACUCCAUCAUUACUCAAAAGAAGUGGUUUGAAAAAUGAAAACAUAGGGAGAAACUUGCAUCUUCAUCCAGUGACAAUGGCUUGGGGCUACUUCCCUGAUGCACCUUCUUCGCCCGAGUUGUGGCCGGAGGGACAUAAAAAAAGCUAUGAAGGAGGAAUUAUGACAGCAAUGUCUACAGUUGUUGCAGACUUUAACGCUACUGGAUAUGGUGCGGUGAUCCAAACACCUUCAUUGCAUCCAGGUUUGUUCUCAGUUCUAAUGCCGUGGAGUUCUGGAAUGGAUAUAAAAGAUCGUAUGCGCAAGUUUUCUAGAACAGCUCAUGUAUUUGCACUGGCAAGGGAUCAAGGAUCAGGAACUGUGGAUUCACCUACUCGUAUAAGCUAUCAGAUGAAAAAUGUAGACAAAGAGAAUUUACACAAAGGAAUUGAGAAGGUGCUGAGAAUUCUGGCAGCAGCUGGAGCUGAAGAAAUUGGGACACAUAAUAAUAAGGGAAGGAGCUUAAAUGUUAAGGAAGUGAGCUAUCAUGAAUUUGAGAAAUUUGUGAAGGAAGAAAGCUCAAUGCCGUUAACUGACCUAUCGACACCAGUAUGCUCGGCACAUCAGAUGGGGAGCUGCCGUAUGGGUACUAAUCCGAAAGAAUCGGUUGUGAACCAAACGGGGGAAACAUGGGAAGUAGAGGGUCUUUAUCUGGCCGAUACAAGCGUAUUUCCCACAGCUUUAGGUGUGAAUCCAAUGGUCACUGUUCAGGCUAUUGCAUAUUGCACAGCACAACAUGUUCUUGAAGUUCUUAAAAGGAAAAGAUGAGUGCAUUAAAGUUGCAAGAAUUUUAAGGGAAGUGUUAUACAAUAAAAGUAUCCAGCUAAUAGCACCAGUCUAGUUCACAUAUUGUUGGAAAGUAUGUUAUGGUUACUAAAUAAUCGGUGUUAGGAAAUUCAUCCGAUAGAGCUCACACAUAUGUUUGAGCUCUCUCUUGAGGAUGCGUUCGAUCUCUUGUAGAGGAUUUCCAAACAUGUACAUGUAAUUGCUUACUAUAAUAUACUUCUAUUGUUGAUGCUUCAACUAUGACAUGUGUGGUUUAGAUUGUUAAUUUUCUUA